GCAUUAUGUAAAAUAGUAAAUUCAAUAAAAGAAUGAUACAAUUUGAGUAAAACGUAGCAAAUAAAUAUUACAUAAACUACAUUUGCUAAAUUUUAUUUGUAAAGCUAUCAAUAAACUAUUUCUUAAGAUAACCGAUAAAAGCAUUUCAUUUUUUGUCAACAACUACUCAAUUGCAUUGAUAAGUUUUAUUUACACGGAAUAUAUUCUCUGAUAUCGACUUUAUCGCAAUUGAACGUAUUUUUGACAAACACUUCAAAUCAGUAUUGAAAAGACAGUAACGGUGAAUACAGUGCAGUUAUUUUGGUAUAAUAUUAAUGUACUUGUUAUUUGGUAACUUAAAUUAUUUGAAGUUUUCGCAGGUUGCGAGAAUGGAUUUAAUCUCUUUAGCAUUAUGCACUCUUUGCAUUAUUGUGAUUUCCCGAGUUCUGUCGCUAGUGUAUUAUCAAUAUGUUACACGACAAAGACUUAAAAACAUUCCCCAAGUCGACAGAUUUCCUUUUGGUUCAGCAUUUGCGUUAAUGAAUCGACCGGAUCAUGAACGCACAAAAUUCUAUUUAAAGUAUAUAGAAAAGACGUAUAAGCAAGGAAUAUUUAUAAUGUGGAUGUUUGGCAAUCCUGGUAUAGUCGUGUAUAAACCAGAAUAUUUAGAGCUUAUUUUACCCAGCACCGUAAAUAUCACAAAAGGGUUUCCUUAUUUUCUACUGAAAUCCUGGUUAGGCAACGGACUUUUAUUAUCUACAGGUAAACAAUGGUUCCAUGAUAGAAGACUCAUUGGACCAACAUUUCAUUUUAGUAUAUUAGAUGAAUUUGCUGUGCUUCUGUCUGAGAAAGCAGAAAUCUUAAUAAAGUGUCUCGAAAGAAAAAUAGAAACAGAUCCCGGAAAGGCCAUUGAUAUUUUUCCUUUUAUUCUCAAUGCUACUCUUGAUAUUAUCUGCGAAACGGCAAUGGGUGUGGACAUUCGUUGUCAAGAAAUCGUAUCCAAAUAUUCAUCAACAAUACAUGAAAUAGCCGAAUUAUUGGCAAAACGACUCUAUCGUCCGUGGUUUUGGAUUAACUGGUUAUACUAUUUAACGUCCACAGGAAAGCAAUAUAAAUUAGCGCUUGAUACAUUGCAUGGAUUUACGAAAGAGGUGAUAAGAAAGAAAAUGGUUGAACGGCAAUUACAAAAUGGCAAUAAAACGAAACCUGAAGAUGAGGACAAUGAAUCUGACAUAGGUAAACGGAAGAGAAAAGCGUUUCUAGAUUUAUUAUUAGAUCAGAAUGAGAAAGACGAUGCUCCUCUGACCGAUGAUGAGCUGAAAGCGCAAGUGGACACGUUUAUGUUUGAGGGACACGACACAACUACGUCUGCAAUAAGCUGGACACUCUUUCUUUUGGGCAAUAAUUUCGAGCAUCAAGAAAAAGUUCACGAAGAACUCGAAAAGGUUUUUGGAAAUUCAGAGAUACCAGCCAGUGUAAAGGAACUGUCGCAAUUAAAGUAUCUCGAUAGAGUUAUAAAAGAGACGCUCCGAAUAUUUCCGAGUGUACCUACAAUCACGAGGGUUCUAACAGAAGACGUGAAAUUGGAUAAUAAUAUCCUUUCGAAAGAUGAGAACGUUUUAAUACCAAUAAUAUUUGUACAUCGAAAUCCGGAGGUUUGGCCGGAUCCAUUAAAAUUCGAUCCGGAUCGCUUCCUUCCAGAGAACUCGAAACAUAGAAAUCCAUAUGCUUACGUUCCGUUCAGCGCUGGACCGCGGAAUUGUAUAGGUCAGAAAUUUGCUCUACUCGAAGAGAAAAUUGUAUUGACUGCUAUUCUCAGAAAGUGGAGAAUAAAAAGUGUGAAAACAAUAGACACGAUCGAGUAUGGUGGCGCUCUCACUUUGCGACCCAUGGAAGAAAUGCUCAUACAUUUCACCCCCAAGAAAUAAACUGUUCCCCAGCAAAUAAAUGCUUUUGUUAACAAAAUAGUUUUGACUAAAUGUAGCUAUCCGGACAAAAGAUUUGUACUCUUUUAUACAAUAUAACGACAAACAUUAAAACUUAAAGUCAAAAUAUAUUAUAAUUAAAUGUAUAAAGAUAAUACCAAUAUGGAAUCGACACUGGUUAUUAAUUAAUACGCCAUUUACAGAAUUGUAAUUAUCCUAUAAUUGUUAAUAACUUGUACUAAGGAUGAUCCAAACUAUAGAACCAAAACGUCUAUAUUAUUAAUUUUAUUAAAUAAUAAAGUUAUAUAUGUAUUACACAUGAACAAUCAGUGUCGGCUCUAAUAUAUUAACAAUAUCUUUAUACACUUUAUUUAAUUUCCUGAUAACAAUACUGCUAAGUUAUUUAUUUUCCAAAUGUUUUGUAUAUUAAAUUCUUUUUUAAGUUAAAAAUAAUAUUAAAAAAUCCAAAACAAUUGAUUUAUUGUCAAUUGUUGAAAAAUUUCAAUAAUUAUUUGAGAUAUUUAAGGUCUACUUUAUAUAAUAAAAUAUUCUAUAAUAUUAAUUAUUCAACCAAUCUUAAUGAAAUCAACAAAUAAUAUAUUAUAGCUAUUUCAAUUUUUGCGUUUAUUACAACAAACGCAAAAAAUGUUUGUAUUUUACCUCUUGUGUCUUUUUAAGUGUUUUUUUCUAUUUUAGCAAAAAAUUUUACAGAUAAAUGUCAAAACUUUUAAUCUUAUAGAAUGUACCAUAAAAGCUGAAGAGAAACUUUCUUCAACUUGUAAUAAACAUGAAUGUUAUAUCAAAUAUAAUCGAUAGAUACAUAAAAGUUUGCAAUGUACAGCAUUUUCAAUAAAGAGAUAUACUUAUUCAGUC